GCAAAAUGGGCCCUCCCGUAGCGGAUCUGGGCAGAAGCGUUCCGCGCGGGCGGGUGCCGGGAACCACAAGGGGCGGGGGCGCAUUUCCGGUGCCGGUGGCAGCAGAAGGAGUUGAAGCCCAAGUAGCCGGAUUGGACCAUGGCCAAUAGCGAGCGCACCUUCAUUGCCAUCAAGCCCGAUGGAGUCCAGCGCGGCCUUGUGGGAGAGAUCAUCAAGCGUUUUGAGCAGAAGGGAUUCCGCCUUGUUGCCAUGAAAUUCAUGCAGGCUUCUGAAGACCUUCUCAAGGAGCACUAUAUUGACCUGAAGGACCGUCCAUUCUUUGCUGGCCUGGUGAAAUACAUGCACUCAGGGCCAGUGGUUGCCAUGGUCUGGGAGGGGCUGAAUGUUGUGAAGACGGGUCGAGUGAUGCUUGGGGAGACCAACCCUGUGGACUCCAAGCCUGGGACCAUCCGUGGGGACUUCUGCAUCCAAGUUGGCAGGAACAUUAUCCACGGCAGUGAUUCUGUGGAGAGUGCAGAGAAGGAGAUUGGCUUGUGGUUUCACCCUGAGGAACUGGUGAAUUACAAGAGCUGUGCUCAGAACUGGAUCUACGAGUGACAUGGAAGCAGACCACAGUGCUUGUCCCACCCCACUUCCCCUCCCUCUCAUGGGCAGGGGCCAGGUCAUAGCAAAUCUAGUUAUUUCUGAGAACUUGCUUUUCAUCUGGAGGGAAACUCUUGGAGCUGCGGAUGCUCCCUGUACAGUGUUAUGUGCUAUCAUCAGAUUAAAAUGUUUCAUCUCAA